CCUUAGUAGUCUUGUAAAUUGAAUUGUACCCUAGGAUAAUAAGAAAGCAUGAAGCUUUUCAAGCAACUAGGUACGUGAGAUCUAUUAGGGCUUACGAGUUGGCAUCAAGCGUAACCGAGAGUAACUAUAGUGCCCACGACACUUUCGUUAUUACUCUUAGUAACCUAAUACCUACUAUCUAACCUAGGUAGUAGGUUAGAGUUCUUAUGCUCAUUGACCUAGGCAAAAGCUCUGGCAGUUUGGACAUAUGAACUAGGUUAAUAGCAUGUAUUAUCCAUCCCCCCAAGGAGGUAUAUAUGAGGCGCUCACCUCUCUUUCAUCCCUUUCAACCAUUUCACACUUACAUAUAAAUAAUACGACACAUCAGAGGAUGCUUCAGAAGAUGGAGGAGCAACAGAAGAUGGAAGAACAGCAGAAUGUGGAGGAACAGGGACAAAAGCCGAAUCCAAAUGAGAACUGUGCUCUUCUCCAGUGCCCCAUCGAAGUGGUCCUGCAAAUAUCAGAUCAACUUUCGCCAGCCGACCGGGCCGUCCUUUCCCAGACUUGCUCCCCGCUGCGUGUCCUAGUUGGUAGCAGGGUCUCACCAACCGCUAGACUUAGGGACCGGGAUGCUGUAGAGUAUCUUACCACCAUCAGCCGCAACAAUCCGGAGACCUGGGCUUGUGAGGCAUGCGUCAAGCUCCAUUCCAUCCGCAAAUGUGGCGAACUACAGGACCCUAAGGUGCUUUGCUGUCCGGGGAAGUCGUUUAAUACCAGGAACUUGCCAUUAUACGGCAGAUAUCAUCGACUGGAUCGCCGUUUUGAUUAUCUCGCCCAUCGGCACAUCCUGCUCACCCUGAAACACAUUCGCUUGGGCAUUUUCGAGGAAGGGGGUUAUCUGCAAAAACUACUACAACCGUUCUGUCGCGAAAACUUUGACACCUACGUGUGGCCGAUAACAGCAAAGAAUGAUCUCUCUACCCGGUACGUGGCUGUACCUAGGGCUGUCAUGGACAAGAGCGGGAAGCUGAGGUACCUGAUGGUUUCCGCCUGGCACUACUGGGCGAAUAAUAGGCCGAUAACUACUGACCAAAUGGGAAACCUAACCGUCUGCCCACACCUUCGCCUUUCGAUGAUGAGUAAAUUUCAUAACUUUGACCAUCCAUUGCAGCACCUCGGCUCAAUCAUAAACCAACUGCUCAACGAUGCCGAAUUCGCAGAGAUAUUCUACUCCUGCCGUCUCUGCAACACCGAUGUAAGCAUCAAGGCAUCCCAGAAGCACACUAGGAUAUGGGCCUGGCAGGAAUUCGGCACUGAGACGUCCCCGAUGGAUAUGGCGUGGAGGUCACAUCUUUAUGAUGUCGUAGGAACAUUCUCAGCCACAGGAUUUCAUUACGUAGAAGGCGAGCAUUCCCCGCAUACGCCGGGAAGCAUUCGGAAGCUCUUUUACGAUAAUGAUGGUUCUUGGGACUAUGAAUUUUGGACACCUGCUGAUCGUCGACUAACUGAUAAACAAUUUCCCCAGCUUCCCGGUUCUUGUGUGGCGCCUGUCUUGCCUACCGAUAGGCCAUGUUAGCUUAGGUUAGGUGCUGGAAAAUUCGAAUUUGCAUUUAUAGGAGUCGUCGAUAUUCAGGGGACAAGCUCAGUAGAGCCCAGACAGUUCGUUGCCUUUGUUAUAACUAUAGAUAUGGCUCGGAUGUGCCAAAAGACUACCUAGUAGUGGAGGAGCGAGAGUUGUCAGAAAAUACCGGUAUACCGAAAAGGAAAAUAAUUAAUCUCUCAUUAAUGUGAGCCCAUAUGUGCUCACAGAUAGACCCUUGAUAAUCCAAAGAAAAUUGUAUUUUAAAGACGCUACAAGUAUAUGUUGUCCCUCAUUCACC